AUGCCUUUUUGUUUGCCUGGAAUCCAGAAGACUUCGAGUGUCCAAGCUCCCCUGGAAUGGUUUGUGAUCAGGGAGACUCGUGAAUAAUUUUUUGUUAGGUCCGACUCGAAUCUUCUGAUCUGUGGAGUUGAAAAUACGAUAGUGGUUGUGGAUGUGAAAGAUUUAACGAUUAUUCAGACAUUGACAAGAAACAAAAAUACAGUAUGCCAGGUGAGCAAAGUCGGAGAGCUUUUAUUUUUAUUUAGUUGAGUUGCCAACCCGCGGUUGAAAGUCAAGGAAACCACAUUUUUUGUGUAUCCUCCGAUUCCACAGGACAAAUCUCGAUAUGGGAUAUUAUACAUGGCAAGAUCCUUCACCAAUUUUCUUCCGCGGUUGUUUCAUACCUAAAGUGGCUGGCUAUAGAAGACGAGGAAGGGAAUUUUCCAUAUGUGUUAUCUCUGUCAUCUAAGUCAACAGUGGACCUCUACGAUGCUUUAAACGGGUUCUCUCUAUGGUCCUUCAAGUCCAGCAACAAUAUUGCAGCUAUGGCAAUCGAUCCAUUUAAAUAUUCCGAGGUUGCAUGUAUGUUACCUAAAACCUGAAUUUGUAAUUUUUAGUUUUUUCGGGCAACAAUUGUCUUAUGUUUACGCAUGACUUUGGAAUCGAACACCCAUUCCAAUUUGAUCCCAUUGUCACUCAACUAAAAUUGAAUGAAAGCCAGGCAACUAUUCGACAAUUGGAAUAUCACAAGGCUUUGCCUAACAGGCUUUAUGUGUUGAUCUCUGACAGAGUAGGUUUGUCUCAAAUUUCAGUGAUGAUUUAAGAUUUUGAUCGUACAUGCGGAAACUAAGGUCGUCAUUUACUGUACGCAGUUUGAUUCCAUCGGAUCCGUAGGCAAAGUGAGUGGUAAUGGGUUUAAAGAGAGUUUUAAAGAUACUUCCGUGUUCAAUGCGAGAUGCUUUUUAUUAUGUUCGAAGUAAUGGAGUUGUCAGUUUCAAUAUCGGAAAUAUUUACAACGUGGAGGACGGUGCAAAGUCUGUUUUGCGGUAUGAGAAUGUCGCCGGCUCCGAGAGCCAUCGGAUGUCGACUAAACUUGGUGUCCGUGGAUCAGCACUGUGUCCCCAUACUGAGUCCAAGGUAGCAGUGUUACUGUCUAAUGGGAGGUUUGUUAUUCACAAGUUGUGGAAUCGGUCUGAAGAAUCCUCCUUGGUCGAUCGAAUCAAAUUACGAGAAGAUCUAACACAAGAACCAUUCACUUCAUUAAGGUCGGUGUACAAAAAAAUCAUUUUUAAUUUAGGUUUAGGUUUUCGCAAUACAAUUAUUUGAAUUGUCUUGGAAUUGGAAUGACAGCAGUCCGGGUACGACCAAUGGAUCCUCACAAGAAUUUGUCUGAUGAAUUGGAUGUCGGUCUGCUGGCUGCAGUGGCGAGUUCAACUGGAACUGUAUAUUUGGUGGAUGUUCUUUCGUGCAAGAUCGUUAGAGAAUUCCAAAUUCACUCUUGUCAAAUACGGUAAGUCUUUCAAUGGGGUAUUAUUUACUUUUUCUUCAACGUGGCGCAUGUUUGCAAUGUCAUUCAGAAGGAUGCUACGCCGAGUUUUACUUUAGAGUAGUGAAAAAUUAAUUUUUUCUUUUGUAAAAUCACAGUUUGCAUUUUUACAAUUGCAACUUUUUCUAAAAUGGAAAGAGGUUAACGUGGUCAUUUUUUAAGUUUUUGAAGGCUGAUGGAAGGACACGUUAUUUUUAUUUAGGGCUCUGGAAUGGGGUGGUAGUGACCUUAUAAUAACCGCGGGUUAUUCUACCUCUCUCUCUUCUUCCACGGUCAGGAAUGAUCUUUUCAUUACCAACAUCCGGACUGGCCAAAAGAAGCGAUUACGGCCUGAAGCUGAGGAGAGUCCCAUAGAACUUUUGAGAGUCUCACAUUAUCAGUAAGCAUUUCCUUUAAUGUUAAAACUUGGUUUAGUUGCUAUUUAGCCGUAUGUUUUCGUCGUGAACCUCUGGAGAUCUGGGAUAUAAGGUCGAGAAGAUUACUGCGGCGAAUGUCAAAGAAAUGCCCUAUUAUUAUGGACAUGGUAAGCAAAUUCUAACACUGUUUGACGCGUUUAGAAUUGGUUUGCGCGGCACACGAAAGCACAGACAAAUCAGAGUGUAAUGCGAGAGAACCUGGUAGUCAUGGAUGUGGAUAAUCACUUGUAUCAUGUUGUUGUCAAAGGGCUUCAUGUGAGGGAUGGCAAGGAAGUAAAUACGGACUGGUCCAAAAACUCGGCUCCCCUUUCCCGUGUGGUCUGGAAGGAUGACUACCUUGUUUUUGGGGACACCAUGGGAUUCCUGAGAAUCUGGGACUUGGGGAAAAAGAGAAACCGAGAGAUGAAGGAUUCGAAUGCGCACAGAGGGUCUGUGCUUCGAAUGGUCUUUUCUUCACUUGCUGGCGACUACACUUUGUCCGUUCUUCAUCAGAAUCAUGUUGCUGUUUGGGAUGUGGAGAGUCUCCAAUUGUUACAAUCAAUUCAGAUAAAUGGACUGACAAUGUGUGAUGUGGACAUGAGUGGUGUUACUCCAGUGUAUAUAACGUCUAUGGGAUCGCUCCAUUAUGGAGCACAUGGCGAACAUUUGUGUGCUUCUAUUCAAGAAGGUGGUGAGUAUUUAUAUAUUGUCAUUCAUCAAUAAAAAAUAGACCUUCCGACGGCAUUAAAAAGCUUUCUGAAUCCAUCGGCUGAUGACAUCGGAUUUUCAAGGCAUUUAAAACUCGGGCUGAACAUGGAACAACUCGAAUUUAUGUCAAUGCCGACUUAUCUUUCGUUUUUAUGGCCUCCAGAUGUGCAGAAAGUAGGUGUACUUGCAAUAAAAUUUGUUCAGUGUUUAGAGACUAAUGGAAUUGGAUGUUGGACUUUUAAUGGAUCGGGUGGAUACAAUCGAACUCAUAAACUAUGUUGUCGAAAGAUCCAUUGUUUUGGGGAAGGUAAUUUAAUUGAUAUUAAUAACAAGUUUGUUUAGUACGACUGGGCUACAUCUUUACUUCUUGACACGUCGAACAACUCAAAUGAUCCAGGAAGUCUAGCCAAUUCUUUUAAAGCUUGUCUAUUGUCUUCUGAUGUGAGCAGAGAAGAAAGCCGAUGUCUCAUAAAAAUGGUGGCCACUAAUCUCAUAGCGUCGGGAAAAAUAUCUGGUAACUAAAUUGAUCCCAUAGGUCAUACUUUAGAUGGUGUCCAAUUAUUAUACCUGAUAGAUCAAAGGGAAGAAGCAUGCAAAUACCUGGCUUCUCAAGGGCAUUGUGACAAAGCCUUUACCUAUCUCAGAGUAAGUAUUCUUUUGAAGAACUCAAUUAUUUGAUUUAUAGAUAGAUCCAAAUGCGGAUGAGGAAUGCCUCAAAAAGUGUUUAUCAAAGAAGAAGAUUCUUAUGGUCACUAAGAAGGUAAGUGAGCAUUUUCUUGAAAACUGAAUAGUUAAUAAAUAGUAAUGAUAAUUACAUAUAAGAGGAAUUCCGAGUAAAUUUUAAAAAUUUUCGCCACGAUGCUCAACGAUGAGCCCCUAGAAAUUCUUUCUGUUUCACUGUACUAUACAAGACCCACAAUAGGCAAAAACUUUGCGAGCUGCAAAUAAUUCUUUCCACUGUGUCAUUCAGAACAAGUUUUAUCGUGUCUUGGGCUUUGCACAUUGCAGGACAAAAAUUCGAUAUGGGCUAAACUUGUGGUCGAGAGCCAUGGGAGAAGAAAAUUUGAAUUUACUCGGAACCCCAAUUGUAUACAAAAUUUACAUUGAAGAUUACGGAAUUCCUAUUCCUGGCCUCGACGAAAGAGCAUCUCAAAUGUAUCCAACGAUUAAAGGAGAUGAAAUUGUACACUUUAGCGGAAAGAAUGGCUAUUGGCAGCCCUAAGGGCCCAGAGAUCUUCGAUGAUUAA